UGUGCAGUCGGACCUGUUGGAAGGGAAAGGAGAUAAGAUCGGCUUUAACAACCGCAAACAUAUCGCCCAUAGGCACACAUUCCUCAAGUGCGUCGGGAAUUCUGUGAGUCGUCGUUUUAGUACACUGUUCUCAGCUUUGAAUCCGAAGACUCAUGGACUAAAACGAUCCACAUCGUAGAAGAGGUGAUUGUAUUUUGCAGCACCUGCAACAGGCGAUUGGAUAUCACGUUAACUCCAGGCUCUGGUUCCGAAAAGCUAAUUUAGGCUCUGUUACGUUUAGCAUUUUAAGACAAAUUAGUAAUAGGAAGAUGGUAAAAGGAUAGAAUCAAAAUCUCUUUCCACGUAUUUUUUUUCUGUUUUCUGCUUUGUUUAAUCACAAGCAGAUCAAUAUAAAAACUGCAUUCCAGUCGGACUGUAUUUUUUUAUCUUCGUCUGAAAAAAUGUUCGAUAGUGUAGAAACUGAUCCAAGACGUUCUAGACAAAUCAGCUAAUUACAAGUUGAACUGACACUUUUUAAAAACAGACCAAAAUGUGUAUAUUAAUCAACACACCCACACAUUUAGGCGUAGGUACUGUAAAUGACUAUGAAUGACACGCUUAGUCUAGUGACUGGGGCGUUUAAAGCAGUCUUCCUAACAGAUCUUAAUUUGUAAAUGUUAAUCAUAAUAUGGACACUAUUCUUUCUGAUCUUGAACAGAAUGAUAGAAAAAUAUAGUGUACAUAGUUUGUUACAGUUAGCUAAGACUGACCUGGAAUGGUGCUUUCUAUUUUAGACAACACGAAUACCCGCAGUGGUGUAAAAUUAUCCCUCAGAUAACAUAGCUUGGAAGGUAUAAUAAUGUGCUUUUAAAUCUGUCCUGCUUUGGGAAUUUGGAGCCAAGAAGUGGUCUCAAAAGAUGCAACUAGAGACAAAGUCAGAGGAUAUUGCUUGAUUCUCCCCUUUUUGUUAAGAACGCAUCGAAGAUUUUUCAUACAACAAGCUGUGUGUUGUUGGGGCUGUCCUGCUCAUCGAGGAGUCUUCUGUUCAUUGCGCAGUGAGGGGCCAUGGAGUCUCUAAUGAGCGCUGUGGCGCCGAGGCCCCCAGCCCCCGUAAAGAUGCCCCAAGAGGUGGAUUUCCGCUCAGGAGCUGGCCUGGAGCAGCUGUCUGCGCUGGUGCAGGAGUUUGUUCAGCUGGAGCAGCGGGAGUUUGGGGAUCAGACCGCACUGGAGGUUCACACUGCCAAAGACUUCAUCUUCAACAUGCUGGGACUCGUGCAAAAGCUUGAUCAGAGGCUGCCCGUUGCCAAUGAGUACCUGUUGCUGUCCGGGGGUGCCAGAGAGGGCGUGCUGGACCUGAGCCCCGAGGAGCUGGGGGACUACGUCAAGGGAGCCGAUUACGACCUGGAUUUCACCCUGCUGGUCCCUGCACUCAAGCUGCACGAUCGGAACCAGCCGGUCACCCUGGACAUGCGGCACUCUGCGCCCUGCCACUCCUGGCUCAGCCUGCGCCUCUGCGAGCCCGCCACGCUGGCCCGCUGGCGGCACUGCUGCCAGGAGGAGAGCGAGGCCUCGGGCGCCGCCGGAGACGACGACGGCGACGCUUCCCCCUCCCUGGAGGGCUGCUACUUCUCCCCGACGCUGGUGGCGGACUGGUUCGCCGGGGCCGUGGACACGGCGGUGAGCGAGCUGCGGUGCAACCCGAAGAGGGGCACCCCCGUGCCGGAGCGGGUGGAGCGCAACGGGCCCCUCACCACCCUCAUCCUGACGGCGGGCACCAGCCGCGUCCUCUACGACCUGCUGCCCGUCGUCUCCUUCCGCGGCUGGCCGGCCGUGGCCCAGGGCUGGCUGACGGCCAACCACUUCUGGGACGGGAAGAUCACGGAAGAAGAGGCCAUCAGCGGCUUCUACCUGCUGCCCUGCUGCGGCCCCGGGGGCCGGCCCGACCAGGAGUGGCGCCUGGCCUUCUCCCGCAGCGAGGUGCAGCUGAAGAAGUGCAUCCCCCAGCCGCUGAGCCAGGCCUUCCAGGCCGCACGGGUCAUCAUCGGCAAGCUCGUGGCACGCCCCAAAGCGGCCCUGAGCCCCUACCACCUCCGCACUCUCAUGUUCUGGGCUUGUGACCGCCUGCCCUCUUCGUACCUCUCCUCGCCGGAGCCCGAGACCCCUGCUCGCCUGCUGCUGGGGCUCCUGGAUGACCUCUCUCACUCCGUUCUGAACAAGAGCUGCCCCAACUACUUCCUGCCCCAGUGCAACAUGCUGGAGCACCUCGCGGACUCCACCGCCCUCCUCCUGGCCCGCAAGCUGUCCGGCGUCCGGGCCGACCCCGCCGAGCACCUCCGAGCGGCGGUCGAGCAAGCGCGGGAGGCCGGCCGGCUGAAACGGGAAACCAACGGCGUCCCCCCGGCCUCCGGCCCGUGCCCCCCGGCCCACCCCGCUCAGCCUGAGGACGACCGGCUGGCCCGGCGCCUCCAGCAGCUGGUGACCGAAAAUCCCGGCAAGUCCAUCUCGGUCUUCCUCAACCCGGAGGACGUUAGCCGACCACACUUCCGCAUCGACGACAAGUUCUACUGACUGGUUACCCCUCCCGUCUCCCCCGGCGCGCUGUGGAAAACCCGCAGACUACCAGUUAGUUUCACACUAAAGGCACCGGAUAAAAUACAGGGCUUCUGACUUGGGUUUAGAGUUGUGGUCUUCGAGCUAUGACUCAUGCAGCGAAAAGAUUUUUCAGAGUUCAAGAUCCAUUUAAUGGGAAACCGUGAUUUUUGUGCCUGGUACUAAGGUUCCAGCUCUUAAGAGUUUUUUUGUAGCCUGACGGAAUGCAUCUAAAAGUGCUUUUCAAUCAACGUUGUUUCCAUAAGAGACACUGCCACAGAAGGGGCUUUGUUCUUUCAGUGCACUUCGACAGAGAAGUGGACCUCUCUUCCGCUCUCCUCUCUUACUCCUGCCGUCAUCCUUUUUUCAUCACUUUCUCUGCCGAGCUCUUGACUCGCGUGAGUUGUGCUUAAGUACGAUGGGGGAAAAAAAGCAAAACAAGGCGCCACGGGGGUUCAGAAGAAAUCUCGUGGGCGCCUAUCUCAGCACGGCUAAUUAACCACAGCAGCUGGCGAGCUGCGUGUCGGGGGCCCGUUCCCAUUUUUUCAGCUCUGUAUCGCUGGGUGAGCUCCUAGAAAAAAGACUCUCUACCCCUCGGCUGGUUGUGUGCCACGAUCAAAAGUCAUUACUCGGCAGUUAGCCACAGAAUGUGUUCAUACCCAGCCUUUAAGGAAGAUAAAUAGCUUUUCUGUUUUAAAUAGUACACCAAAGAAUCCCUGCACAGUCUCGGUUAUAAAAUCCUUUUUGCUGGUAUAGUCCAUUACAUGUUACAUAAGCAUCCUGUAUACCAUCCAUCCAUCUUUUAACCACUGCAUCCACUGCAGGGUCAUGGGGGAACAAGCAAUGGGCGCGAGACUGGGAACAUCCACUCAACUGCAGGCCACACACCAACACAGGUACACAGACCAGGGCUAGUUUUCCCCGAGGCCAGUUAACUUAUCAGCAUGUCUUUGGAUUGUGGGAGCAAACCCACACAAACGUGGGGAGAACAUAGAAACUUCACGUAGAGAGCA